GCAAGAUCGACGAGCAUUAGCUAAAGAGACGCCCAUUUCUAAGACUUUCGGCCCGAAGGUGCACGAAUAAGCUCCACACCAUCGCGAUAAGGGAGGGAGGGCUCGAAAGGCCACCGAAUCGACUCCCAUCGCGAGGUUAUGGGUGACCAAAUCGUAGACUCGUCCACUAUCGCCCGGGCACGAGACGAAGAGCGGAAUCUUUCACCCGCCAUGCAUCACACGAGAGCUUUUGCGUCGCUCUCGAGCUGCGGAAGGCGAUGGUGGACACAUGAUUGACGAGCCCGGAGAGCUCCUGACUCUCACACAGCUUCCGAGGCUGGCGAGCGCCCUCCGCCCGCCAUCGUGCAUGCGCAACUGCUUUCUCGCCACUCGCUGCAUGCGACCAUCGGUGCGCGGGAACUCUGUGGAGGCCAAGGGCCGCGCUGAUGCUCGCCGGGCCUGUCGCCUUCUGUCCCUGUGACGGGACCGCCUGUCGCCCGGAGCGAGCUCCAGCGCCCGUAGGUCCACCGGAGUCCUACCGUAGGUCCACUCGACGAUUGACCGCCGAUCGGCGGCAGCAGCAGAGCGCGAGGGACCAGCUCCACUUUCGCACAGAAUAAUAUCGCCAACGAGACCGGAAUCAGAACCCGUGGAGCUGACUGUCUGUCUGUCUGACUGGCUGGCUGGCGACCGGCACCGUGGCUGAAGCAACCGUCUCUCGCCAGAGCCUAAGGCCUUGGGCGUAGAGUUGGAGGCACAAAGGGCAUGCCUAAUUCGCAUUUUCCAUACGAGGCAUGCCUAUAUGUGUAGUCUAGAUUUAUAGACGUAUAUUUUAGAGUUAGGGAUUGUGGGAU